AUGAUGAGUUUUCGGUUAUUUAAAGUUUGUACCUGCCUAGCAACAGUAUUUUCAUUCCUAAAGAGAUUAACACGCAGACCUGGCAGAGGACGGAAAUUAAGUGGAGACCAAAGAACUUUGCCAACUACACUGGGUUAUUCAUCAGUUCCUAAGCAGACAGAUGUUGAAGAGUGGACUUCCUGGGAUGAAGAUGCACCCACCAGUGUAAAGAUUGAAGGAGGGAGUGGGAAUGUGGCAACACAGCAAAAUGCUUUAGAACAACUGGAACCUGACUAUUUUAAGGACGUGACACCAACUAUAAGGAAAACCCAGAAAAUCAUUAUUAAGAAGGGAGAACCAUUAAAUUUGGGCAGCCCAGAUGGUAGCACGGGUUUCUCUAGUAGACUAGCAGUUACACAAGAUAUGCCUUUUAUUCAUCAGUCUCCUGACUUAGGUGACUUGGAUACCUGGCGGGAAAAUACCAAUGCAUGGGAAGAAGAAGAAGAUGCGGCCUGGCAAGCCGAAGAAGUUCUGAGGCAGCAGAAGAUAGCAGACAGAGCAAAGAGAGCAGCAGAAAGGAAGAAAAUGGAAAAGGAAGCACAGCGGCUAACGAAGAAGGAACAAAACAAAACUGGUGUGAAACUUUCACGACAAAAUGUCCUUCAGAUGUCAUAGUGCCAGCGGGAGAAACGUGAGCUCCACAACCCAAGUAACA